AUGGCUUCUUUGCGGCGGACCAAAAACUUUGCCAGUGAUGGCCAAACACCCAUCUUCUUGUACACGAUCCUCAAACAGUUGGAUCUCAGAUCGAUCGACUGGAACCUGGUUGCAAGUAGUCUUGACAUCUCCAAUGGUCAUGCAGCGCGUAUGCGAUACAGUCGAAUGAAACAGCAAUUUGAAGGCCAAUCCAAUCAGCCAAAGCCACCCAAGGCGAAAAAGGAGAAAGAUGGUGAGGGCAAAUCGACCAAGGAGAAGGGCAAGGGCAAGCGGCUCCUUCUGGAAGAAGAGAAUGAGCGGCUUGCCAAACAACGCAACUCGACGCAGAACGAUGUCAAAAAGCCCCGGCUUGAACCGUCUGCAUACAUCGAGCCAGCCUUCACUUCUUCUUCCAUCGUGAGCACAGGCCAGCAGUAUACCAGUCCGAUGUGGAAUCAACUAAUGGUCAAGAUUGAGCCAGCAUCUGAAUAUGCAAGCCUCGCCGGCAGCCACACGUCUUCUGCUCCCGUCAUCAAGGAAGAGCCCAACACAUCAACAUCGGUCAUCAAUAUGCAACGCUCCACCUCUCCCAUCGUCAAGCAAGAGCCAACAACCACUCCAAUGACCAGUCACGAGAUGUCGGCAGCGACUCCUAUCACCAUCAAGCAGGAAGCUGACACCGCUAUGUCAUACGGCGCCUUCACUGGCAUGAAUCCAUUGAGCUCCUCCUCUGCCAGAAGCUACCAUUUGCCCAACAUGCCAGGCCGUUACAUGAAUGGACUGGAGGCAUCUCACUACAUGAACUCAUAUGGACUUCCGAUGGGCGCAAGUACCAGCUCCUCUGGGUACACGAUGCCACAGUCGGCGCCAGGAUACGCCUAUCAUCCAUUCAUGUAUCAACCCAGCAAUCGGUGGCCCCAAGCUGCUGUUGAGCACAGUGUGACCAACUCCAUGUCUCCAACAGCCGACAACAUCUCCCUCAACCCUCUUGCUAGCUCUUACGAAGAGUUGUUGAACAUGCCCCUGUACGUCCGUCACGCCACUCCUGCGGAGGUCCAGAUACCAGAGAUGAACUACAGUCGCCAUGCUCCUGCUCAGCCGAUUGAUAGCAGGUCAGAGGAUGCGCAGCACGCCAGCCGAUCUGCCAACGCUUCUGGUCUGGGUACCAAGGAUAACAAUAUCAAAGCUGGCAACGCCAAUCCAGGAGUCAAUUCAACUCAUGCACCGUCGUCGCCUGACAGCGCUCUGGCCAACCUGAACGAUGCAACUUCAAGAGCUACCAUUGAAACAGAUUUUGACGCCGACUGCGAGAUUGACACUGCCCAUACUGGGAUGGCGGACGGGAAUGACACUCGAGCGGUGGCUGUGAAGAGAGAGCCUGUGGAGGCGUGGUAA